AUGUGUUUGAUAUUUGUUCCUUCAAUAGUUACUGAAAAAUUAAAUGAUUGUAAUCGAUGUAAGGUAUUAUCAAAUUCUUUUAAAAACUGGCUACAAAAAACAGCUCGAGGAAAAUACGAAGGCGGAGAUGCAGCAUGGGAAGAAGCAAAACUUAAAUCAUAUUCUCGAAGUGAAAUGCGCUUAGUGGAAAUACAAGAGGGUUUAUGUUCCGAUGUAAAAAAGCAUCAGGAUCAGUGCUAUGCUCUCGCUGAAGAAGUCGAACAUUUGUUAGAGCAAUGGUGGGUCCAUGAGGAUCCUAAUUCACAAGAUGUAUUUGCUUGGUUAUGUGUUAGUACUCUGCAUUACUGUUGUCCCAAGAAUCAUUAUGGUAUGACUUGUGCUCCCUGCCCUAAAGAUGAAAAUAAUAAAAUUUGUGGAGGACGUGGGGAAUGUAAUGGGGACGGAACUCGACAAGGCAAUGGUACUUGCAUUUGUAAUAGAGGAUUUUCUGGACAAUUUUGUGAAAGCUGUGCAGAAAAUUUUUACAGUAUAGAUAAAGAAUAUUGUAAGCCUUGUCAUAAAGCAUGUAAUGGCUGUAGAGGAGAAGGUGCAGCAGCUUGUAAAUUUUGCAAGCCUGGUUGGGAGCUAGAAUCAGGAGCUUGUAAUGAUAUUAAUGAAUGCGCCAAUAUCAGCUUAUGUAAAUCUCAUCAGUUCUGUAUCAAUUGGGAGGGUUCAUAUGCCUGCAGAAAUUGUGAUGAUACUUGUAGAACCUGCAAAGGGGAGGGGCUUGCAAAUUGUACAUCAUGUGAAUCCAACUAUAUGUUGUGGGGUGGUAUGUGUUUAGAUAAAACAUUAAAACAGCAAAUUUUUUCAAAUGCUCUAAAGAAACUAGGAUUAUAUGUAUUUUUAAUAGUAGCUGCAAUUCUUAUGUAUAAAAGAAUGAAAGCUGUAUCAUCACUUACUGUACUGUUAAUAGGAAUUAUUAUUUAUUUUAGUGAAAAAGAGAGUCAAUACCAUAUAUUUUCAAUGUUUUAUGAAUUUUUCUAA